GGCCGGGCGGGAGCGCUGUGCGGGCGGAACGCGGUGAGCGGGCCGCGCGCUUCCGGGGGGCCGCGUUCUGGGUGGCACCGCCCCUCCCGGUAACGGACACGGCCGGGCGAGGAGAUGGCGGCGGCCUGGAGCGGCGGCUGCUGCUGCUGAGGGGCUGGAGCCGGGCGCGGAGCGGCCUGUGCGGGACCCGGAGCCAUGGAGGGCGGCGGAGGCAGCGCGGGGAAGCCGAGCCUGCAGCUCGUGUACCAGGCGGUGCAGGCGCUUUACCACGACCCGGACCCGAGCGGCAAGGAGCGGGCGAGCUGCUGGCUGGGGGAGCUGCAGAGAUCGGUUCAUGCGUGGGAGAUCUCAGACCAGUUGCUACAGAUCCGGCAGGAUGUAGAAUCAUGCUACUUUGCAGCACAGACCAUGAAGAUGAAGAUUCAAACCUCAUUCUAUGAACUCCCCACAGAUUCGCAUGCUUCGUUGCGGGACUCUUUACUGUCCCACAUCCAGAACUUGAAAGACCUGUCACCCGUCAUUGUAACUCAGCUUGCAUUAGCAAUAGCAGAUCUCGCCCUACAAAUGGCUUCUUGGAAGGGCUGUGUACAGACACUGGUGGAAAAGUACAGUAACGAUGUGACAUCACUGCCCUUUCUACUGGAGAUCCUCACGGUGCUGCCAGAGGAGGUUAAUAGCCGAUCUUUGCGCAUUGGCGCCAACCGCCGGACCGAAAUCAUUGAAGAUCUGGCUUAUUACUCCAGUACAGUGAUCUCCCUUCUAAUGACCUGUGUGGAGAAAGCAGGCAACGAUGAGAAGAUGCUCAUGAAAAUUUUCCGCUGCCUGGGGAGCUGGUUCAACCUGGGAGUUCUGGAUAGUAACUUCAUGGCCAACAGCAAGUUAUUGUCCCUCCUCUUCGAGGUGCUGCGACAAGACAAGACGUCCUCAAACCUGCAUGAGGCAGCCUCUGACUGCGUGUGCUCAGCUCUCUACGCCAUUGAAAACGUGGAGACCAACCUGCCCCUCGCGCUGCAGCUCUUCCAGGGAGUCCUGACGCUGGAGGCCGCCUAUCACAUGGCCGUGGCCCGGGAGGAUUUAGACAAGGUUCUCAAUUACUGCCGCGUCUUCACUGAACUCUGCGAGACGUUUCUGGAUAAAAUUGUUUGUACGCCAGGCCAUGGGCUGGGGGACCUGCGCACGCUGGAGUUGUUGCUGAUCUGCGCAGGCCAUCCACAGUAUGAGGUGGUAGAAAUUUCCUUUAACUUCUGGUACAGACUGGGGGAGCAUCUGUACAAAACGGACGAUGCCGUCAUCCACAGCAUCUUCAAAGCCUACAUCCAGAGGCUUCUGCACGCUCUGGCCAGACACUGUCAGCUUGACCCAGACCACGAGGGUGUUCCGGAGGAGACAGACGACUUCGGGGAGUUCCGGAUGAGGGUCUCGGACCUGGUGAAGGACUUGAUCUUCCUGGUUGGAUCGGUGGAAUGUUUUGCCCAGCUUUAUGCUACCUUGAAGGACGGGAACCCUCCCUGGGAGGUGACGGAAGCUGUUCUCUUCAUCAUGGCCUCUAUAGCCAAGAGCGUUGACCAGGACAGAGCCUGCUUCACCCAGCCCUACGCCUCCCAGCCCAGGACACAGCACCGGCGAGCGAGAGGGACAAAGGAGAACAACCCGACGCUGGUGGAGGUGCUGGAGGGGGUGGUGCGCCUCCCCGAAUCAGUGCACACUGCUGUCCGCUACACCAGCAUUGAGCUGGUGGGAGAAAUGAGCGAAGUCGUGGACAGAAACCCUCAGUUCCUGGAUCCUGUGCUGGGUUAUUUGAUGAAAGGUCUCUGUGAGAAGUCACUGGCCUCUGUUGCUGCCAAAGCUAUUCACAAUAUCUGCUCAGUUUGCCGAGACCAUAUGGCUCAGCACUUUAAUGGCCUGCUGGAGAUUGCCCGCUCCCUUGACUCCUUCAUGCUGUCUCCAGAGGCGGCUGUGGGACUCCUUAAAGGGACCGCGCUGGUUCUUGCCCGGCUACCCUUGGAAAAGAUAGCAGAGUGCCUCAGCGAGUUGUGUGCCGUUCAGGUGAUGGCACUGAAAAAGCUGCUGUCUCAGGAGCCGAGCAAUGGCCUGUCCUCAGACCCCACGGUGCCCCUAGAUCGACUGGCUGUCAUAUUUAGGUAAGAAAGGCAAGGACUCCAGCAGACUGU